AUGUCAAGCAGCAGUUGGUGGAUGAUUAAAGGAUUCAUGUUCCUUUAUGUGAGCCAGUUUGGGUUUUGUGACGAACCCAAUCAAGUUUGUGUGGUGAGGAUAAAUUGUAGUGAACUUGAUGUUUCUAAAUGUCCUCGUAGUUGUAAAUUUUGACCUUUGCAAUGCUUUUUUUUCUUUUUUCUCAACUACUCUUUUAGAUCAACUUCCCUGCAUGUACUGUUUGUUUACUUGACUAUCUUUGUUGUGUUGAUACAUCUAAUUCCAUUUGGGAAUUUCCCUUAGUUGUAAUUCAAAUUCCUGUUUAUGAAAAGGGAAAUAUAGCCAGAAGUUUUUAAACAAAACUGUUCAAAGCAUGUUAAUGAUAUAUACUACAUUGUAUAUGGAUAUAUUUGUCUACAUCAAAUAUUGAUCCUUUAGCCCCUAAGAAUGACUAGCAUCUAAUUUCUCCUUACUCUGUUAUCCCUAAAUCAAAUAUGAAAGUUAUGAGAAUAGAGGAUAUGAUCACCAACUGAAGCAGUUCUUGACUGUUACACAAAUUCUCCUUGUCAGCUUUUUUGGAAAUGCAAGGAGAACAGUAUGGAAAAUAUGCAUACUAAUGUUAGGGGUAAAUGGGUAAAUGCUUAUAGCCAUAUCACCUCUUUUAGUUAUAAUCAAAGUGUUUUUUUUUAAUAUCAACGAUGGAAUUUGACAGUCAAAAGCAGUGCAGUCCUAGGUUACCUAUGGCACUCAUUUGAAAAUCAUUUCAUCAACAAUAAGGUUUUUUGUUGAUUUUUUGACAUGCAGUUAUGAUCUUUGGAAGAAGCUCAUAUUUUUUUUUGAACAUGAUAUAAAAUUGAGAUACAUACAACUAUGCUGAGUGUGAGUUGAAAGGACUCUAGAUGUUUGUAUUACUUCAUAAUCUGUUAGAAGAACUUCUACAUGAAAGUAAUUGUGUUUAUUUCUGGAUUCAUGUCCAGUUUUUUUAAAUUUCUUGUGACACCCUAACAGGAAAGAUUACUGUUGUGGCAAACAAAAUGUAUCAGUAGAACUGUAAUCACCAUUGUAUCUUAAACCUAGUAAAAUCUGAAUUCCAAAGUUGAAUUAUUUGUGAUUUUUGUGUUAUCGUUCAAUUUUCUUGUAGAUUGGAAAUGGUACUAGUAGGGAAGACUGUUAUGGUUAUGAAUGGGUUUCAUUUGGUAAUAUGGUUCCUUCUUCACACUUUGAGGUGAGCCCUCACCCUUUUCAAACAGGAGCCUGGAUUUUUGCCUACAGAUAUUGUCAGCUCUUAGAGGCAAAAACUGUGUGGUUUGAUGUACAAAUAAUGGCUGAAGACAACCUUGGAGACAAUUUUUGUGCUUAUAAUCCAAUUAAUUAGCCCUUUGGCCUCUAAAAGUGACACCAACCAAUUUCUCCUUCCAAUAUCACCAUUGAAUCACACAUCAAGGUCACAAGAAUGAAAGAUGAGAUGAUCAAUGAAAGAAGCACUCGAUUUUUAAACAAAUUCUCUUUGUCAGCACCUUAGGAAAGAUACAGAUAAUAGUGUAUAGAAUAUGCAUAGUGAUAUUAGGGUGUAAAUUGUCAAAUGUUAUAUGAAAUGUGUAGAGAAAGAGUUUUCAAAAUAAGGAAUUAUUAGUUUUGGUUUUAGGAAAUAAAUGCCAAUUAAGUAGUACCCCUCACAUGUACUGCAGCACCAAGACACAUGUCAAGAACAAUGCAUUUAGUAAGUGGGAAUCAAUGAUAGGACACCAUCCUAUACAAUGAAGCUAUAAACACAAUGUUUUUUGUGAUUUUUAGGGUGUGGUAUUCCUGGCUAAUCCUAAAGAUGCAUGCGGGGAAGUGAUGCACAAAAGCAGCUACCCGAAUAUUUCAUAUGAUGGAAAUGUCUUUCUCCUCAUUGAUUUUGGACAUUGUGAAUCUUCCACCAAGGUAUGCCAAGUCCAUUUCAUUUAAUGCAUUAUUAUCUACUGUAACAGAAAUAUACACCCUGCACUAUCUGUGGGUCAAGAUUUGGUCCUUGCCAAAUGGGCAAUUGAAAGAUCAUUUAUUUUAUUGUGUAGAAGGCGGCGGCAACGGAAUAGUGAUUGUACACAUCAAAUCUUCUUUCUUUUCUUUUCUUUUUGCACUUUCUUUGUCUUCAGUAGGUUGGAAUUUGAUAAUUGAAAAUUUAAAAAAGGUAACCAGCACUGAUUCAUUGAGGAGAACAGUGUUGGCAGGUGUGUGAAAUGGAGGCUCAGAUUGGUGUCUGGAAUUUGGCAGCUGUGGCAGUUGGACACAGUGGAAGCCCCCAGACACCCUUGAUGCUCACACUCCAUUUAAUGGAGGUAGUAGUUUAACACAUUUUUUUGGUUUGAUUCCAGGGCAUAAAGGCUAGCAGAGGUGGCUUUGAUGCUGCUAUCAUACGAAGUCUCACAAGUGAUGAAGUUGAUCCUAUUGAUGAAGGAGGUAAGGUUUAGUAGUUUGGUGGAUUUGCUGUUCAAGUGCUGUUUUAAUUGUCUUAUGAGAACAUAAUUAUUUAAAUAACAUAACCCUUUUGAAAAGGUGAAGUACAAAUCUUUUGGGAAAUCAUGCUUUUCUCUGUGUCUUCAUUUUCAACAAACAAUGAUUUAUUUCUCUGUGCACACACAUGUGUUGCAUUUUCUCAGCUCACAUUCCUAUGAUAUAAUCGUUAUGUUUAUUUUAGAGACAGAUGCUGUGGAUCUACCAGUUGUGUUUGUAGGGAAGGUAAGUAUGGUAAAGGGAAGCAGUUGUGAAUGUUUCUCACAUCUGCUGAGUCACUUGUUGAAGCAUUUACAUAAAAUGGUCAAACUUCCAGGCAUUGAAAAUAAAGAAUUGGCUAAUACUCACUGUUAAACAAUGAACUUUUAUCAGGAAACACAACAGUCUUAACCCUUCAACUGAAAAGUGAUUCACAUGUAACUUCUCUCGUAAUAUCUAUACAUUAUCCAGCAAACAGGUGAUGAGACUACUCAAACUUAGUAGGUAACAGGUGUUAUCUUGAUCUUACACCAAAAUCUUGUAACUAAUAUGCAAGGAAAUCGUUGGCAGCUAGAGAGUAGAAUUAACAAUCAGAUCUUUGGAUGUAGUGGUUAAAUGUUUGAGGAAAAAAAUGAGUUGAGUAUGAUUGGUUUAGCAGUGGAAAAGCAGCCCACAUUCUUUCUCAAUUUUCUGUUUUGCUGGUUUUGACAUUGAUUUCUUAGGGUAUGUUGCUCUGAGUUUUACUUUGAAUUAGCUCAUUGUGUGCAUUGGACAUAUGUAAUGCAUCAUCUCUGAUUAAUCAGUAGAUAAAUGUUUCAUGUAUAUGAAGAAUGUGUCAUUUUGAUUUUCUGUCUACUAUUUAGAGAACUGGUGAGAUUUUAGAAAAUAAUGACUUCGAAAAUUUGCCGUAAGUACUUUUCAUGUGUGACUAGUUGUGUACAGAGAUGCAAAAAUACAUGUAGACUGUUGGGAGAAACAUGGAACACUAGGAAAAUAACCUUUUUAAAUUUCCUUUAAGGGCAAAGCCGUCCCUCUUUGGUAAAUCAGUUUUGUGGUUUAAUGCAUAUCUCUUCCCUAUUUUCUUCCUUCCUUCCCUCCUUCCUUUCUUCCUUCUGCCCUUCCCCACCCCUCCUUUACUCCUUUCCUUGUCUGUUCCUACCUUUCUUUCUUUCCUUCCUUCUUUCUUCUGGUUAUUUUUCUUUCUUUUACAUUUUUUCUUUAGUAUUAUUUUUCUUGCAAGAAGUUGUUCUGGUCAUGAAUUGUUGGCAUCCAAAAAUGUACAUUUUUCAUGUUGUUCAGACUGGAAGUGUGCUUUUUCUUUGUACAUGUCUAGGUAACUGUAAACAUGGUUAUAAUAGCUUCAAGAAUGUAUCAUAAAAACAAAACAUAAAUAGUUUGUCCAACCAUUAUCAAGCUAUGAAGUGGUAUAAAACACUCAAUCUAAGCCCACUUUUUGUAAUUUGAAAAGUGAAGCAAUUUAUUCUGAUGACAGGUGGUUGACUUUUGGUUUGAUUCUUUUCCACAGAAACAGUAGAGUGUAUCUCACCCCUCAGGAGCUUCCUCCCCUUUGGAAUUAUGAAUUCUAUAUGAUUCCCUUUGCAAUCAUUGUAGGAAUCUGUUUUAUUUUGAUGGCAAUGUUUAUGGUGAGUGUGCCACCCAGACCCUAUUCCAUAGUGAUAACAUUUUUAAUUUUUUUAUCCUAAUACCUUUAUAAUUAUUUGUGUAUGCUAAUUUUCCCUCUUUACUUCCAUCACUCCUUCUGAAUUAAAAAAAUGUUUUAAGCUUGGAGUGAUGCAAAGAGGACAAUUAUAAUGAAGACAAAAGAAUAAUAUAUUUUCCUUCAGUUUGGAUAAGGUUGCAUGAGAUAUUCCAAAAGAAUUUUUGUGCAUCUAUUGGUUUUAGUGGUUGUAUCUGAGGUAACAACAGUUUCACUGAGAAAUCAUUUUUGCAGUAUUGUUAUUUUUGAAAUCACCUUACUUGAGAGUAAAUUUCACACUUGGACAUUUAGAACAAAGUAAUCUUCUUUUUACCUCCCUGGCUCAAAUUUGUUCCCUAAUCAUGUCUGUUUUAUGUACCAUAUGAUAGCACACUGACAAAGGACAUAAUGCAUGUACGUCCCUCCCUUCUGAGCCAAUAUGUUUUAGAAACAGCCAAGAGUAGGAGCUGUUAAUGCCAAUUGUCAACUUUCCAUUACUUAAACACUUUCACUCCUAAUAUCUCAUUAAAAAUUUUCUGUACAGUCGGCUAUGCACUUCUCAUAAAGUUUAUUCUGAGAAUUUGGUGUUGAAUCUAUUGAUAAUCCUUAAGUUAACAUAUUUUACCAUUCUCAUCUCUUGUCUUCUUGAUGCUGUACUGGUACUGUAAGGAAAAAUUAUGUCUUGAUCAUUACAGGUAGUGGAAGGGUUAAAUACCUUAACAUAAACAAUUUGAUUGUAGUAUCUCAACAGAGGGGCCUAUUAUCUUGAUGAUAUAAUAUGUUGUAAUAUUACAAAAAAAUCUGUGAUUUUUUAACAGAUCAGUCGCUACUACAGACAUUACCUAGAACAAAGGCGCAACAGGUUAUCUCCAUCAACUUUGAAAAAGAUACCGACGAAAAAAUUUAAGAAAGGUAAUUACAAUUGUACAGUGCACAAUAAUUAGUUUAUUUCAAGAAAUGUGAUGGCCUCAUCUCUUUUUAAUUGAAUUCUAAAGAGAGGUGCUGUUUGCAGUGGAUUACCAUCUUAUUUUAUUGAGACAGUAUGCUGGUAAUAGUAGUUUACCAUUUUAGGAAUCAGAUAUGAGAUCUGGUGGAUUUGAGUUCCAGUCCUCUCCACGGCCACCAGCCACUUAAUUUACAUAUUAAAGUACUUUGAGCUCAUACCAAAUUAAAUUUAUGCCAUUUCUUUGCUAGUGUUCUGUUUCUUUGUCUUUUGGUUGUCCCACUCCUGCUACGUGGUCAUGUGGUCACGUGGUCACUUAACCAGUCAAAUAUCUAUUCAUAUGUUGUUUGUUUAAAUGAUUUAGGAGAAGAUUAUUAUGAUGUUUGUGCCAUUUGUUUGGAUGAGUACAAGGAUGGUGAUAGGUUGCGGAUACUUCCUUGUGAGCAUGGUAUGCACUUUCAACCUCUAUCACUGAACCCUUUAACUCCCAAGGUCUCAUAAGUAAUUCUCCUUAAUGUGUUUCACACAGUUCUUAGGACGUUAGCUUGGAGAAUUUGGUAUUGGAUCAACUAAUAGUCAUCUAAUUGAUAUCACUCAUCAGUUAGCUGUAUUGUUAUUGUAAGGAGAAAUUUUGUUUGGUCAUUCAUGGGAGUUGAAGGGUUACAAUGUAAGUGUAUAAAUGAUGCUUGGGAGAGGGGGUAUAGGGCACAAAAGUAGGAGGGAAGGCAUUUGCUGAGGCUUUGACUGCAUUUUGUGGACUUUUGUGAUCCCUAAUUUAAGAGGCACAUGGCUAAAUAUGAUGUAUUUGGGUUUCACAACAAGGUGAAGAUUAAAAACAAGUUAAGCUUUUAAAAUUGCCACAGUUCAUUAAAUGAAAACCAUUACUCAUUGCUUAUGAUUAAUUUAUAUUAUAUUUACAGCAUACAUGUUAUCUUGUAAUUACAACAAUUAUUUUAUUUUAUUUCCUGGAAGCUUACCAUUGUAAGUGUGUGGAUCCCUGGCUCACAGAAGGGAAAAGAACUUGUCCUGUCUGUAAAAGACCAGUAGCAAAUGACAGGGGGUUGGCAAGAAGCAGAUCUGGGAGAACUGAUUUGGAAUCCGUGGGUGAAACAAGUUAUGAGGCUGAGGCUGAUGAAACAACUCCACUCAUCUCAGGGACAUCUCAACGUAGAAAUUCUGUUACAAUGACGGUCUAGUCAUAAACAGCUCAUAGAGAAACCAGACUGAGUGUACAUUUACUUUUUCUGAACUCUUUUUGAAUAACCAUCGAUAAAUCAACAUACAGGAUCUUCAUGUUGAAUCCUGCUUGUGAGGCGAUUGUGAGCUGAAAGUUUCAAAAAAGAAAAUUGCAAGGCAAGACUGAUCUACAAAAUCUUACUUUCUUCUAUAAGCAAUCGUAGUUGGUAGGUACAUGAAGUUGUAUGUGGUUGUUUGAUUCAGAUGUCUAUCCACUGGCAUGCAACAUGUUAUUUCUUAUUUUAACCCUUUAACUCCUGACAUCCAAUUGUUAAUGCUCCCUUCUAGCAAAUGAAAUUUUUCUGGAAAAUUAGUUAUGGGAAUUUGGUAUCAGAUUAAGAUAACAGCUUCCUGAUAGGUUUGAGUAUUCUCAUCACCCAUUCUCAGCAUAAUGUAUGGAUAUUGAAGGGAGAAGUUACAUGUAAAGUUAGGACUUGCUCUUAGUAUCGCUGAAUGUAAAUAAGACCUCAGCAAAACUCAAACUAGUUUUCCCACUCAGAGCUGUUACCUUGUUAUGUUAGUUUUUGUGGUUGUGAAUUUAACUAAGCUGUUUAAAAAAGGGGGUUACAUAUGUUCCUUUUUUAAUGUAAUCUUAUGUGCAAACAUUUUCAAUAGUUUUUUUUCCACUGGUAGACUGAUACUAAUCAGUAGGAGCUUGUUUAUCUAAAUAACUUUUUGCUUAGAACUGCACUGACGCCAGGAAUAGAAUAAGUCACAACUGGCUUUGGUAUUCUAUUCUCCUGCUCGAGAACGACUAAGAAAUCAAAUAUUUGAAAUAUGUACUUACAUUUUAUUAUAUUCAAAAAAAGAGGAUAGAGCAGAAUUGGUUUAAUGAACUGCUUAAUUUUUAGAAAUUAAACUUGACGUAGGACAACCAAUGUUUGAUAGCAGCUUUUUCUUUCCUGCAAGACAUAAUUUCAAACACAGAAGGAAUUGUACUCAGACUGUUGUAGAAGUGAGGAUAUAGAUUUAUACGAGAUAUUUCAACUUGUAUUGACACAUGUCAAUUUGUGUGUAUGUGCAUAUUUGUAGGUAAGGUUAGAAGAUUUAAGCAUUUAAUCAAUGGACUUUAUGUAAUCAUUCAUUUUAAAGUUGCCUGAAGAUAACACAAAACGUUGCAUUGAACUCCUCAAUUGAAUUUGCUUCCCAUGAACUGAAGUCCUUAAGUUUUUGUAUAUAAUUAAGAGGAAUUUAU